AGGACAUUUACUACCCGCCGAGGACGCGUGGAUGGGGAUCUAACUGAUUUGUCCUGGUGGUGAUUAAGUCAUGUCGAAUCUUAACACCUAUGACAGUUUGUCUUCGGAGUAUUUUUGAAUAGUGUUCUGAUUUAGUCCGUUUCUGUCUCGGAGCGGAUUGGAGAUGACAACGCUGAAUAUAAGAGGCAGGUAGGAGAGAGAGAGAGAGAGAGAGAGAGGGGGCUGAGAGAGAAGGGAAAAGGGACCGUGUGAUUUCAACGUUUUUCUCCAAAGACAUGUGAAAUAUAACUAACCCUUCGCGGAUGUGUGCUAGCGAAUAACACAUAUAAUUUUAUUUUAUUUUUUUAUUUUUUUACCCUCAUGCAUGAGUGAUUAAUUAAAAUAAUGGAUUUCUUGAAUUUCUCCGGGGUGGUGGACGAGCGGAAUACCACAUUCACCAACUCCUCGGCUACCGGGGACAGUGAGUACUCUCUCCUCUCCAUAACCGGACUGACGGUAGUCGUGGGCUUUCUCAUCCUGUUUACCAUUGUGGGCAACGUGCUGGUGGUCAUCGCCGUGUUGACCAGCCGCGCACUCAAACCGCCGCAGAACCUCUUUCUGGUGUCCCUGGCCAGCGCGGACAUCCUAGUGGCUACUCUCGUCAUGCCUUUCUCUUUAGCUAACGAACUCAUGGGCUACUGGUUCUUCGGGAAAGUUUGGUGCGACAUCUACUUGGCGUUGGACGUUCUCUUUUGCACGUCGUCUAUAGUUCACCUGUGCGCUAUCAGUCUCGAUCGUUACUGGUCGAUCACCCAGGCGAUAGAAUACAACCAGAAGCGGACUCCUACACGGCUAAACGGGAUGAUCGUGGUGGUCUGGCUGAUCUCGGCGGUUAUCUCCUUUCCACCGUUGAUCUCCAUGGACAGGAGCAGUGGAGGGGAGAUCAGUCCUCAGUGUCGGCUGAAUGAUGAGACCUGGUAUAUUCUCUACUCCAGCAUAGGAUCCUUCUUCGCUCCCUGCGUUAUCAUGAUACUAGUGUACAUCAGGAUCUACCAGGUUGCUAAGACGCGGACGAGGACCAUGUCGGAGAAGAAGAGAGAGGUGGAGGACAACGGAACUGCCCCGUUACACUUUAACGGGUUGGGGCAGGGGGGCGAGGAGGAGGGGUGCGGAGGAUCUCUGAAGGAAAACGGUGGCGGCGGAGCGUUUGCCCGGGAGAACGGGCACUGCCAGAGCCAGCAGAAGACGCCGGUGCCACAGGGGAUGUUACCCAACGAACCCAAAUUAACCCCCGACCCCGACGAUGGAGACGACUUUGACGACAGCAGCUCGUCGGACGAAAAACCCACAUCCGCCAAAAAACAUUCCCAUUCCUCUUCCCAUCAGCAUCACCACCACCACCACCACCACCAUGACGACAAGAAGGAUUCCAAACCUUCAGAGAGAAGGAAGUCCACAGGAAGCAGGAAGAGCAGCUUGGCUUCGUCCAAACGCUCAGAGAGCAAGAAGUCGCGUGCCAGCUCUAAGUCCAUCGAGCUGUUUUCGUCCCGUAGGAAGCGGAGGAGCACCGUCAACAGGAAGAAAAUAACAGCGGCGAGGGAGAAGAGGUUUACCUUCGUCUUGGCGGUGGUGAUGGGCGUCUUCGUGAUCUGCUGGUUCCCCUUCUUCUUCAGCUACAGCCUGUAUGGAGUGUGCCGGGCGCCGUGUGAGAUCCCCCAGUCUCUUUUUAAGUUCUUCUUCUGGAUAGGCUAUGUCAACAGCUCCCUCAACCCCGUCAUCUACACCAUCUUCAACCAGGACUUCAGACGAGCAUUCCAGAAGAUUCUAGUCUGCAAGUCAGGGAAGAGGUCUUUCUGAACGUGGAUAGUCCAACAGUAUAUACUGUA